AUUUCUUAGUUUCGAGUGCGCGAAUAAUUGCAGAUUCAAUUAUUAUAAUUUUUUUUUUAUUUUUUUUUUAAUAUAGUUUUUUGUAUUUUUUUUACAAUGUCUAUCAUUAACCAAGUUCUCUCUACUGGUAUCAUCAGCUAUGUCUGUCUCACAAUGGGAAUUUUGUUCACCUGGCCGUCUUCGACGCUUCUCCUCUUCUCUUCAGUCAAUACAACGCUCGACCGAGUGAUGACGGAGACAGAAGUAUCACUUCUUGGAAGCUUGUCAUCUAUAAGUGGGAUUGUCAUCAUACCAUUUUCCGGAUGUAUCUUGGAUACCUUGGGGAGGAAGAAGUCGUGUCUACUAUUUUAUAUGGCGCAAUUGGCAAGCUGGAUCAUCAUUACAAUCUGCACCAAGGUCGAAGCAAUCUUGUUUGCGAUGUUCAUUUUCGGCUUCAGCAGCUGUAUGUUUCUCGUUGUACAAAUAUACGUCAGCGAAUUCUGCCAAGAAUCUAUACGAGGUUCGAUGACAUCCGGUUCUAUAAUAUUCUACGGAAUUGGUAUGUUGGUAUCAUAUCUCAUGGGGGGACUGCUUGAGUACAGAAUUAUGAACUAUAUUGGUCUGUCCUUGACGGUGCUGGGAUUUGUCCUGAUCAGUACGAUGAAGGAGUCACCGUUGUUUUUAAUGAAGAUCGGACGAGAAAAGGAAGCAGUGAAAUCGAUUGCUUUCUAUAGAAACGCGAAGAUAAACUCUCAGGGAGUGCGGGAUGAAUUGGAACAAAUUAAAAGGAUACUGAAACCUGAAGUUGAUGAUACGCCAGCCGAGGAAAAGAAAUUAAAUAUAGAAGAUACGUCUCCAACAAAAAUGUCUAAAUGGCAGUAUAUGAAAAAGUCGAAGUCAACACAAAGAGCGUUAUCAGUCUGCAUCAUGCUCUACACGUCUGCGAUAUUUCAAGGUCUUAUUGUGGUUCAAGUGUUCGCCGGGCCACUGUUCGAAGAAGCCUUGCCGACCAUGUCAUCCACGUUGUCCAGUGUUUUGCUAGCUUUGGUGUGUGUUGUUGCUGGUUUCCUCGCUGCAUACUUCGUUGAUUUGAUUGGUAGAAGACGACUAAUGAUAGACGCAUCCGUGGCGACGGGCAUCUGCUGUUUGAUCUUGGGGUCACAGAUUCAAUUCAACUGGGGUCCGCAUUGGCUGACAGCUGUAUUGAUCUAUCUCUACUGCGUUACAUACACACUCGGUGCUGGGACUGUACCAUACGUCAUUGUUGCUGAAGUUUUCAUGCCUGAGAUAAAGAGUUUGACAUCAAUGCUGGCGACAGAAUGGGCGUUCGUUUGUAACUUCAUUGUGCUUUUCAUCUUCAAUCCUCUUGUAAAUAGCUUAGGCCUCGGUCCUGUCUUCUAUAUGUUUUCUGCGUGCUCCAUUUUAUCUGGGAUCAUCUGCCACUUCUACUUGCCGGAGACAAAGGGCUUAACUGUGGACGUCAUACAGGAACGGUUCAAGCGAUCUUGUCAAUAAAUUAUUGAAAA